CACGCAAUUGUCAGACGGUCCCUAACUCGGGCAGGCUGAGUAGUUGAUGCUGGAUCGCCGAGCAGCAGCAGCAGCUCAGUCAGUCCGUCGCUGCAGUCCGACACAGCGGCCAGUCAUCAACAUCCUCAGCGUCCCCCCGGAGCUGUCCUGUGGCUCUGAAGCGACGGUGAAACGGGUUCAGACGGAGCAGGUCACGACGGUGUAAACACUCCUGUGGACAUGAGGACACCUGCUACGGCGACUUCUUCCAAAAGGCGGACCGGGAAUCCUGACUGGCAUCGAUUUUCACCGAGCGAAUGAGAAAGACUCGUCAUGACCGUUUCCCUGCUGACCAGUCACUCCUUCACUGAGGGACCUCGGCCGCUUUUGGUUUCUGGACUCCUCAACGCCGGAAUGAGAUAAUAAAGUGGACCAGCUCGUGCAUGCUGCUGCAACAACACCUGUGGCACUUGUAAACCCACCCCACCCUGCCCAUCCUGAUUCCAAUCCCCGUCCCCUCCCCGUCCCUCCCCACCCCCGACAGCUGAGUUCACCUCGACGGUCGAAACAUGACAACGCCGGCUCUCCUGCCGCUGUCGGGCCGAAGGAUACCCACUCUGUCGCCGGGCGCCUCGUCGUUCCCGCACCACAGGGCUACGUUGAGGCUCUCCGAGAAGUUCAUCCUCCUUCUCAUUCUCAGUGCCUUCAUCACCUUAUGCUUCGGGGCCUUCUUCUUCCUCCCGGACAAUUCCAAGCACAAGCGCUUUGACCUCGGCUUGGAGGAUGUGCUCAUCCCUCAUAUUGACUCCCCCAAAGAGGGGAAGCACGCUUCUGGACAGGUGGUCAUACACGGACAGGGAGGACACGACGAGCACAGACACAGGGAGGAGGAGGAGAGCCUGCGGGACAAGAUCCGGGCUGACCACGAGCGAGCGCUGCAGGAGGCAAAGGAGAAGCUGAGGAAGUCACGUGAGGAGCUACAGGCCGAGAUUCAGACGGAGAAGAGCAAAGUAAUGGAGGAGCUGAAAAAGAAGGACGCAGGGCCUAAACCCUUGCCACCCGUCCCCAUGCCCAAAGUGGUGGGCGUCAGUGAUGGUGAGCCACCAGAGCCUGAUGCCAAAGAGAAACGUGACAAGAUCCGAGAGAUGAUGAAGCAUGCCUGGGACAGCUACAGACAGUACGGCUGGGGUCACAAUGAGCUGAAGCCCCUCGCCAAGAAAGGACAUUCCACAAAUAUCUUUGGCAAUUCCCAACUAGGGGCGACCAUUGUGGAUGCCUUAGACACCCUCUACAUCAUGGGGCUGCAUGAUGAGUUCAAGGACGGCCAGGAGUGGAUCGAACAGAAUCUGGACUUUGGUGUGAAUGCUGAGGUGUCCGUGUUUGAGGUCAACAUUCGGUUCAUAGGAGGACUGCUGGCCGCCUACUAUCUCUCUGGACAGGAAGUGUUCAAGAUGAAGGCGGUCCAGCUAGCCGAGAAGCUGCUUCCUGCUUUUAACACCCCCACGGGUAUCCCUUGGGCCAUGGUCAACCUUAAGAGCGGUGUUGGUCGUAACUGGGGUUGGGCGUCAGCGGGCAGCAGCAUCCUUGCUGAGUUUGGGACUCUCCACAUGGAGUUUGUUCACCUCACCUACCUGACAGGGAACCCUGCCUACUACCAGAAGGUGAUGCAUAUCCGGAAGCUGUUAGCCAAAAUGGACAGACCCAACGGACUGUACCCAAACUACCUGAAUCCUCGCACAGGCCGCUGGGGCCAACAUCACACCUCAGUUGGAGGACUUGGGGAUAGUUUUUACGAGUACCUGCUGAAGGCAUGGCUCAUGUCAGACAAGACGGAUACAGAAGCCCGCAAGACCUAUGAUGACGCCAUCGAGGCCAUUGAGCGCCACCUGAUACGCAAAUCCAACGGUGGUCUGACAUUUAUUGGUGAGUGGAAGAACGGCCACCUGGAGAGAAAGAUGGGCCACCUGGCCUGCUUCGCCGGCGGCAUGUUUGCGUUGGGCGCUGACGGCUCGCCCGACGACAAGGCCGGACACUACCUGCAGCUGGGAGCUGAGAUUGCACACACCUGCCACGAGUCUUACGACAGGACGGUGUUGAAGCUCGGCCCGGAGGCCUUUAAGUUCGACAGCGGCCUGGAGGCGGUGGCUGUGCGGCAGAAUGAGAAGUACUACAUCCUGCGGCCGGAGGUCAUCGAGACGUACUGGUACAUGUGGAGGUUCACCCACGAUCCCAAAUAUCGGCAGUGGGGCUGGGAGGCAGCACAGGCCAUUGACAAGUACUGCAGAGUGAGCGGCGGUUUCUCGGGGGUGAAGGACGUCUAUUCUUCCAACCCGACCUACGACGACGUGCAACAGAGCUUCUUCCUGGCCGAGACACUCAAGUAUCUCUACCUGUUGUUCUCCAGCGACGACCUGAUGCCGUUGGAGAGUUGGGUCUUCAACACAGAGGCUCACCCACUCCCCGUCCUCCAUCUGGGCAACAUCACCCUGCCUGGCAGUGAGCCGGCUCAGCGGUAGACAGACGGAGCCCUUUCUCCUCUUCCUCCUCCACCACCACAGCACCAGGGGGGUGCCACCUUGUCCCCCUGCCUGCCUGCCUGCCCAAAAAACCCACCCACCAACACUGGACAAACUUACAUUCAGCUCUAAAGACUCAACUGCUUUCGGACUGCAGACAUCAACCAGAGGAGACGGAGAGAGAGAGAGAGAAAGCGAGAGAGAGCCUCCCACCACCGCAGGCCACUGCGGCGUGGAGAGGGCUCAGCCAUCGAGUUUUCCUCUCCUCUUCUGCAUCUUCACUCUUUGACUCUCUCCGUCUUCUCUGCUUCGAUCAGAAGGACGGUGGGUUUGCUGCUCAGCCUCAUGACUGGCUAGAAUCGACUCUUUUCUCUGAAGGACCGAGCUCCAAAUCCAGAGGCUUGAUUAAGUUUUUUUUUUUAUUAUUUUUAGUGUUUCUUUGAGAUUUGACCAAACUUUCCUCCCGUACAGACUCGAGCUGAGGCACUGAGGAUGCGUUACGGGGUUUCGUGAAGGAUCACACACAGUCAGUUUGACACUGCGCUGAUGGAAGUGUCACUUUUCCAGACAGACAGACUGAAGGACUGUACAGGGUCUGUUGAUGAGGUGUUUCUUUUUUUUUUUUUUUUGGUUGGUUGGUUGGUUGGUUGGUUGGACAAAUCUUUAAUGGGGACACAGGGUUGAAUCAAAGCCCACCGCUUUUUCCCGACCCCUCCCCCAUUCCACUUCCUGUUUAAUCUCCAUCAGAUGAACUUUGACCUGGAACUGUUUGCAGCUCGUCACAUCAUCAGCGCGAGAGCAGGUCGUGGCGACUUUUCCUCUAGUGCUCCUCUCCUUUUUUUUUUUUUUUCAGAAAAGUGGACCAUUGUAAGUGGAACAGUAAUUACACAGGGACAGCAGCAGGCCUCCCCAUCUUCACCGCCCCCUCCUCCACCUCCACAGCUUUCCAGUUUCUCCCAACGUCACCGGCCAUGAUGUUUUUCUCCCCAAAACAUUCUGCUGCUACUUGUAUGGAUGCUGCUUCUUUAUCUCUCCCCUCCACCUUCUUCUGAUCACACCAUGGCAUAGUUUCUCCCCCAGGCGAUCAAACCUUCUCUCAUCUCUUCCAUCCUCGUGUUCAUAAAUCACUCCAAAUCCUAUUCAGGCCAUACAUUGUUAGAUGAGGCUGCACCCUGGCCAUGUUAACGUAUGAGCGUGUGUGUGUGUGUGUGUGUGGGGAUAAAAUAUCCUCUGCUGUAAAUCAUUUAUUUGUGCACUUUUUACGGGGACGCUGUGAUGAAGAGGAAAGUGGAGGUGUAGCACUGAAAGAGCUGAAUAAAUGAAGACUUUCCUUUGUCUCCCUGCUACGCUCCCAUGACACAUUUUCUCUGCUCAAACUCCAUCAAGUCACCUCUCCGGGGAAGUCACAUGAAGUCAUCGCGCUGUUAAAUCCUCUUUCUUUACCACUUUUUUCCCACAUAAUCACAAUUUCCAGCUUUAAUCCUACAUUUUGUUGUUGAACCUGUCCUCCAGGUUUAUCUCCGCCUCUCCUGUCCGCAACAAGAGGUCUAAAAACUCCCACAUGACUCCGAUCAAACAGACUUCAGCUUCAGAUAUAUGCUACAAAUGCUGAUCAGUCAAUCCGGGCUGCGCCAAACCAUUAUUUUCAUAAUAUAUGAAUCUGUCAACCAGUUCGGUCCAUAAAAUGUCUGAAAAUGUUCAUCACUGUUGAUCCCCAAAUAUCUUGUUUUGUAUUUGUCCAUAUUUACAUUUCAGUGUCCUUCCAAAAUGAUUCAUUGAUGAUCAAAACAGUUGGCGGUUCAUUUGAUAGGUUAAUAGACAAAACUUGAUCUGACUGGAAUUGAUUCAUCGACUAAUCGUUGCAGCUCAACAAUCAAACAUCAAAAUCUUAAUAUCGGUUCUGAAAUUGAACAAAUCAAUCGUGACAGUUUGAAACACACGUCCAGAGUUUGACAGUCAGAAUAUUUUUGAGAACUCUUGUUGAGAGAAGUCACAGCCACCACACUGUCUUGUCACUUACUAGCACGGCUAUUGGUGUCACAGUCUGUUCAAAUAAGUUUAAAAACAACCAAAACAACAGUCCUCCCUGGUGAGUAACUGACCGCCGGACACUGACCAAACAUUUUACACCUCUCAGUUCAGUGUGACUAACUCCAACAAGACACUGAGGAAGACCUUUAAUGUAACCGACCAAAGUGUGGCUGCAGAGUCGUACUCUUGUCAACCUGGAUGUCGCAGGCCUAAUCCCACACAAACCCAAAGCUCAACAUCAUUUUAAGCCCUGCAAUAUAAAAAUAUACUGCGCAAUAAGAUGCUUCUUUUUUUUCAGCUACAAAAUAGAACAACCUAAAAUGACGAGUGCAGCAGUAACCUUUUCUGUGAGCCGUGUUGAGUUUGUCAGCAGGGAGACAAAGUGACAGCAGAGGGUGGGAUGUCGAGUCAAGGCAAAUAAUACAUUAAUAAACCCAACCGGUGUGCAGAGAACAUCGUUACAGCUAUCCUGCAGCAGUAGUUUAUCAAAUAUUAAUUACAACAACAACAAGAGACAGAUUUUCAUAUAAAGACCAAACGACCGUUAGCCAAAAACUUUUUUUUUUAUCUCCGCUCUUUAUGAUCCACUCUUGUCGGUCGGCAUUCAGCUAUGAUUUUUCUGUUCUUAAGAAAAAAGGUCACAUAGUUUAUAAAAAUACAGAAAAUAGGUUUAAUGAUGGGCUCAUUAAACCUGUUUUCUGUGUGUUUGUGUGUGUGUGAGAGAGAGAGAGAGAGAGAGAGCGAGCUCAUUAAUAAGCCUGCUGGUGUCCAAACUACUUUUGAACUGACUGGUUUAGGUAAAGAGACCGAGCAGAGCUUCACUACUGAAGAUGAUUCGUUCAAGCUGGAGAGAAGGAAUUGCACUAAACCAGGAAGUUUUGUUUUGUGUCUGUGUGCGUGUCUGUGUGUGUCUGACCGAGCCUUAUUGUCGUACGUGAUGUCUCAGCCAUCACUGUGCUCUUUUCACACUCUUUGCUCUGUGUUUUGUAAUACAUCAUUAUGAUAUAAAUUCUAUUCUUCUUGUUUUUGUUUGCACAAACAUCACUGACAUGCAGACACGGCAGAAUAUAAGGUGCUCCGAGCAUCAACAUGACAGAAAUAGGUUUGUUUAACGCCACAGAACUAAAAGUUUUAAAACGAUAGAAAUAUACUCACUAUACACCCACGUGUUAAAAAAAAAAAAAAAAAAAAGAACUGCCUAUGUUGGGCAAUAGGUCAUCUGUCAAUGAAGCCAUAACGUAAAUGGCAAAGGUUGAUGCAGAGCUACUUUCCCAACACGCGUGAAUCACAUAGUGACAUCACUGACUGUAACAUAACGUCCUAACACUGAAACAUGAAAAGACCAAAACCAACAAUAAAUGUAUGUGACAGAGCUCAUCUGUUGCCCUCGACGACAUGUUCCUUCAUAACCAUGAACAUACACUGUAGUUUAUUUUGAUUGAGUCUCACACGCCGUCCCGCUGCUAGAAAUACUCACUAGAGCAGCAAAUGUGUAUUCAUCCGCUUCUGAAAAUAGUCCCCAACAAAUGUGCCCGGCUGUUUGUAGAGAGCGUUGGUUUUGGUAUUUUCAUGGGAUUGGAGGAUGGAAGACAAAUCUAAAACAUAUGAAAUAAUAUCUGCCUUAUUUUUUAAAACAGUUAAUCCCAGCAAUAUGUAGAAAAUACAAUAUGUACAAACCAGUGUAGGUAGCAGUAACGUUUAUCAUUUUUAAGUGUCUUAAUAUCAAAAUGUUUUUGACCAAACGGCUACAUGUUCCAUCAAUUUUUAGUUUCAAUUUAAUCAGUUCACAUUUUUUAUAAUGAAACAACAACAGGUGUCUGCUCACAUCACUCCUCUCAGUGUACAUACAGGAUGUUUCUCUGCCCUCCCCCCAUCAACACAUUUUAUUCCCUCCAUACAUUUCUCUCCAUCCACUAUCAUCUCCACCUCUCUUUCAUCUGAGCUCUGGUGGCAGUCAACCUAUAGUCCACUGAUGCAGUACAGUCUUGGCUCUGAGCCUCUAUCCCCCCAGUCUCUGACAUCACACUGACAUCAAGCUGACAUCAUCAUCACCACCUAUUUCUGAUACGGAGGAAGCCCAGGCGAAAGCCGGGGCGGCCAUCAAGUCGCUGGGAGCGACGUUGAUUUUGAAAAUCGAGUGUUCUGUA